CCUAACUUGACUAGACAACCUCAUAUUAUUAAUCGGUAUCAAAUUUUAGUUGAUUUCCUGGAACAAAUUGAUUUUUGGAAAUCAAUAGAUCUUGAAUCAUUUCUUCCAAAUGAAUCUAUAUAA